UCAUCUUUACCCGUGAUUAUCCAAAAGUCAGCGGUUUCACAUCGAGGUAUCAUUUCUUCAAACCAACACACACACACACACACACACACACUGUGUAUCUGUUGAGUUUCGUUUCGUCUGAACCGACCGCCCACCGAAAUCUAAACUCUGCUCCUCUCUCCUCUCUCCUCUCUGCACUCAUCCGCUCACUGAGCUCCUCCUCUACAUCAGCCUGCUACACUGCGAGGACAGACUGCAACAAGACAGUGUCAUGACGCUGUGGUCUAGGGUUAGCAGCUACUAAAAGGCCAACACAUAUGCUAAAUGCCUAAAUAUUUAUCAACCCAAGAGAGGAGGCAGGCCUUACCUGAAACCCCAGCAUUAGUGAUCAAGAUGUGUGAAAAGUGAGAAUGGAUGACCAGGAAAAAGAAGUGACAGACGUUUGCGAAGAAGGAGCCAACGCUGUCAUGGCAGAUCAAGGUGAAAAGAAGUGUCAGGAAGAGGAUCUGUCACCUGACAUCAAAGACUGGAGUAAACAUCAAGUGAGAGAAUGGGUUCUCAAGUUGGAUAAUGUGGACGACAAAGUCGCAGAAAUACUGUUUCAGCAGGACAUUAAUGGGGAUAGUCUUUUGCUUUUAGAUACAACAGACUUAAAAACAUUGGGUGUGACUUUUGGACCAGCAAAACUCAUCAUUCAUGCCAGAGAUAAGGUAGUGAAAUUAAAGAAAGAGGAACAAACAAGCUCUACAAAUCAGCCUGGACGACCAUGCAAGCCUUAUCCAUUUUGUAGGUACCAUGACACAUAUAGAUACAUGGAGAGCAGCAUUCUUGACAUUACAGAAUCCGGUGCCUCAGACCUAAUUGAACCCUGCCACGAGUAUAAAGGUUUCAUCAAUACAACAGAUGAAACAAAAAUGAGCAAGUUCACUACUGAGGUUAUUCGCUUUGCAGCUGCUUGCAUGAAUAGCCGCACCAAUGGCACCAUACAUUUUGGAGUAGGGGACAAGCCAGAGUUCACCCAUGGUGAAGUGUUGGGAGUGGUCGUUGAGGACAAAGAGGCUUUUGCAAAUGAACUAAAAUCUGCCAUUGAUGGCUAUUUUGAGCAUAAACACAAACAGACUGCUCAAAAGUGCAUCAAACCUCCUCGAUUUGUUGAAGUUCUAAAUAAGAAUAUAACAUCAUCUGACAAAUGUGUGAUAGAAGUGGACAUAGUUCCUGACUCUACGAUCUGUGAAGAAAACAUCUUCCACAUUUACAACAUGGACACAAAAAAAGCCAAGAAAAAAGCAAAAGGUAAAGAAACAACCAAAACUGAUUCGAAACCAUUCAAACGAUUCUUUGUUCGAGAUGGUGGUAGCAGCAGGGAUCUCCUCGCACCAACCACAUUCGCCAAACCUAUGGAAGAGUACAGCCAGUUUGCUGACUGCAUCGCGCAAUUAUCACAACUCCGAAAACAGGCUGAAGAGAAACACCUUAGUGUGAUAAAAAGCAGUACUCAAGGCUCUAGACUAAGUCAGAUGAUAACUGGUGGAUCAUUAUCAUUAGAUAAGUCACACUUUGAGCAGUAUGUGAUAGUAACUAACAAAUCACAUUCAAUCCAGUUUGAAUCACUAGGAUUUCUUGUGGAACUCAACCCAACAGCUGUUUUAGACUUUGAUCCAGAAUCAGCUAAAGAUGGAUUACAGCAUCACUUCGAACAACAGAGUACAGUGAGUGUCCAUUUACCAGCACGAUAUAAAAUCACAGAAGGAGUUGAGGACAUUGCAAGCAAGUUGAAAUUAACUCGAAACACCAGCUGGGUAUUCUGCAAUGGAGGUAUUGAGGAUGAGGUACCUUCAGACAUAGACCAGUGGUUGAUGGACAAGGGAGCUUCCAUUCGAGAUGUGAUUUCUUUCUUGUGUCGGAAAGAUGUGCUUCCAAACAAGAGAUUCCUUGUCAUUUUCUUACUUUUGUCUACAGUGAGUGAGAAGAUGGACCCUCUUGUUGAGACUUUCAGUACAUUCUGGCAGGAACUCAAAGGCACAGAACAAAUCCUGUGUAUAUGUGACAAUGAACAAGCAUUUACCUCCUGGAAGGACUUAAUCAAUGCUCGGUGCGGAAUUGACAUCUCUUUUAGAUGCACAUAUGAGCUCACUCUUACUGAAGUCAAUGGCACUAUUCUUAGUCUUCUGUCAAAAAACCGCAGAUCCAGCCGUUUCCUACCUUGUGGUGGGGGAAGCAAAGUCCUUCUUGAAAAAAAAGUGGAGCGUAGCAUGAACACCCUAGAGGUCUUGUGUGUGAACCAAUGUGAAGGGGGAAACGAGGACAGAAUUGUCAUAGAAGAGAACUUCUACAAAGGAGGAAAAGUGUCAUGGUGGAAUUUCUAUUUCUCGGAGCAGCCUGGAUCCACACCAUUUAUCAAACGAGACAAGUUUGACUUCAUCAUGAACACAGUCAUUCCAGAUUUGUGCUCCCUGAGAAAAGCAUGCGUGUUGUUCAACCUCAUGCAUGUACCUGGAUGUGGUGGGACAACUUUGGCCAUGCAUACUUUAUGGGCUCUCCGAGACAGAUUCCGUUGUGCAGUCCUCAGAGACAGCAACGCUGACUUCACUGAAGUAGCUGAACAAGUGGUCAAACUUUUAAUGUAUGACCAUGAAGAACAAUUACCACGGGUCCCUGUUUUGCUGAUGAUAGAUGACUUUGAUGAUAAGGAAAAAGUAUUUGACUUGCAGCAGCUCAUUGAAAAAGAAUGUGUGAGGAAAGACAUUCAGUCUAAGUCUGCACAGGUAAUACUCAUGAACUGCAUGAGGUCAGAGUCCCCUGACGAGAAUGAAGCAACUGAAGACACAGUAUUCAUUGGAAAUGAUCUGACUGAGAAGGAACAGAAACUGUUUGAGGAAAAACUUGUAGAAAUAGAGAAAACACACAAGAAUACGCAAACCUUCUAUGGAUUCAUGAUCAUGAAGAAGAACUUCAAACCAGAGUACAUUCAGGGUGUGGCCCGCAACACCCUGAAGAGCUUCAACAUCAGUCAGAAACAGGCACAACUCCUAGCUGUUUUAGUUCUGUUGAAUGUAUACGGCAAGGGUGCCUCUCUCUCCGUCUCUCUAUGUGAGGAGUUUCUUGGUCUAGAACCAAAACCAUUUUGUGGAACCAUCAAAGUUGAAGAAGGAUUUGGGAAAUUUUCACCUUUAAUUACCAGCUGCUCAGUUGAGAGUAAGGUAGUAUUCAAAGCUGUGAAAAUGAUCCAUCCAAGUAUUGCAAGCCACUGUUUGCAGGAACUUACAAAAACACACAAUGUGAGCAAAGCUGAUAUUGCAGACCUUCUGCUGACCACUAACAAGUUUUAUGAGAGCACACAAGGCAAAGACAAACUCCUGCAAGAUGUUCAUCAAAUUUUGGUGAAGAGAUAUCAUUCACAGGAUGAUGAAUCGAAGUUCUCUCCACUAAUUCAAGACAUUGAAAUUGAAACCCCAGGACUGGAAGAGAUGGUGCUAAAAAAUGCAUCAAAAAGAUUUGAGAAAGAUGCCGUUGUCUCUCAGUUACUAGCCAGAUACUAUUACCUAAGAAAGAAGGAUUUCCCAGAGGCAAAAAUUUGGGCACGGGGAGCAAGAGAUCUUUCCAAAGACAGCUCAUAUAUGGCAGACACAUCAGCACAGGUUAUCAAGCAUGAGCUGAAGAAUGCUAUUGCAAACUGCAAGGAAGAGCCGAUUAGUCCUGACAAACUGAACAUGUUUCUCAAAAUGGCUCAGUCAGCAAUAGGUGCAUUCAAGGAAACACAGAGCCUUGCAAAGAAGGAGUCACUUCAACGAUUACAAAUCAAGACAGACAACUGCCCUUUUAAUAUAUCGGGGUGCCUGGGAGAAAUUCAGGUUGGAGUACUUGUCAUUGGCGUGCUGGCAAAGACCCCCAUAUUUUCUUCUGACAAUAUCCGCCAUGACAUAAUGAGUAAGGUUCUCUCUGGAGACGUAAAGCUUCAGGAUGUAGAGAGACAUGAUCAACGACACUGCAAACACAGACCCUACUACUUCAUUCUCAGACAGUUUGAGGAUGUACUUGACAACCUCAAAUAUAGGAUGAAGGUGAACUUCGACUUCCUUGACAACUUUUAUGUGAACUUGGGGUCCAGAUUUGGAAUGAAAGACAGUCGUGAGCAAAUAGUCCAAAAUGAGGUUUUCAGAUGUUUCAGACAGUAUGCAGAGCUUUUUUGCAAGACAGACUCUGCAGCUCUUUUGAAGUAUAAAACAAUGCAAACAAUGUUCAAACUUCACCAAGCAAGACAAUACCUGGAAAUGAAUAAAGCUGAUACCUAUGCUGGGAUCCUGAAUUGUCUCUCAAAUGGCACCUUACCUGACAAAAUGGAGAAGAUUGCUCGGCAGUAUGGUUUUGUUUUUGAUCCUCAUCAUAACUCGACUGUGAAGGAAAGAAUCAACUUCAUCUAUGUCAAUGUUGUGUUGAGUCGGAUCAAACUGGAAUCACCGCUCAUUUGGCCAUACCAGAACCUGAUUGGUUUCCUUUGCCAAGUUCUGCGUGAGCCAAUCCCAUUAAAUGAUAAUCUGCCACUGCACUUCAUUGCAGUUGUGCUGUUGUGGCCACAGCAGCACCCCUCCGGUUCAGAAUGUGGGAGUCUGGGGAAGUACAUCUCACAGAUGAGGACCUCGUAUCACACAGUGAUGAAGGAAGUGUACAAUGGGAAGAGGCCCACUAUCCAUUUCUUCCUGGGGAAGAAGCAGGGCUAUGACAGACUGGUACACUUAGGGGAAAUCAAAAGGUGCAUCAUGGCUGGGCACGAACAGUUUUCCUCCAUUUGGGCAAAUGGCAAAAUAUGGAAAGAGAAGAAAGUGGUGGAGCUCCUUUGCAGGGUCACUGGCGAGGUGAAGAACGACUUGAUACUGGCAGAUACUUGUAUCCGAGGUCUGAAGGUCGAAGUCACUCCAGUGUUUCGAAGUCAGCUUAGUGGCCAUUCUCAGGGCUCAAAAGUGUCAUUCUUUAUCGGUUUCUCAAUGAAAGGCCCCGUUGCACUCGACAUUAACUAGACUAUGAAAGCAGUCUGUACCAACUGUACUGUAUUUUCUGCUUCUCAUUGUAGAUCCACCUGUUUCAUACACCCUUGUAUACUUUGAAAAGGGAUUGAGUUGCUGUGAUGCUAUGUUACAUUUUUGUGUAUUCUUGCCUGUGUACAUUACAUUGUUUUGUGUUAUUUUUAAAUAUAUUUUUUUGCCUUUAUUAAGAAGACAGCUCAAGAUAGACAGGAAGGGGAUAGAGAGGUGAUGAUAAGCAGCAAAGGGCCAGAGGUUGAACUCGAACCCGUGGCCUCUGCAAUUUGUUUUGUAAAGGAAAUCAUUUGUCAAGUAUAACCUGAAAAUCAAACCUCUUAAAAAUGUUAUAGUGUGUAAUGUUUUUUAAUAAUGAAAUGAAAUAAUGAAAUUAUCUGACAUUUGAAGAUGAAUUCAACCUUUUGUCAUGUUCUGCAUUAACUGAAUUGAUUUAAUAAUGUGUUAUGAUAUGAAAUAACCUGCAUCAUACAUUUACUGUUGGGGAAAAAACAAGUAUGUAGUUGCAAUGUUUUAUGUAUCAUAUCUUUGAUCCUGCAUGUUUCAUUAUUGAUUUCAACGAUGUUUUACUUUUUAUUUCAACAGUCAUUUAUUUUUACUUGAAAUACAUUUUUUUAACCUUUUUUAUCAUUAUGUGUUACAUUACUUAAGUGAUUUUGUACACACGUCUUUUUCUGACAUUCCAUGAAAAACAAUGACGAACGUUGAGUUUUGUAAUAGUUUAAAAAAAAAGUACUGUAACAUAACCAUGUGAGAAUGUAUUUUACUGCAAUAUGUGUACAAGUUGUCACUGUAUUCCUAAAAGCAAAGUACAUUGUACUAAGCUGUAUUUUUUCUUAACAUGCUAUAGUUAUUAAUGUAGAAUAUAAAGAUACACACAUUAAAUACAUACAUAUUUACAAUAAGUACAGUAAAAUAGUCUUCUUUAUUACUUAAGGAUGUUUGUACCUGUAUCAAACACUGGAGGGCGCCAUAAGCAAAUAAAUGAUAAAACCUUUGCGCCCACAGGGUCUGUGAUUGCCCAUAAUAUAACUCAAGCAAUGUAAUAUUUUAUUCUUCACUGGUUCUUUUUUAUAAAAAUCAUGUUUAAGCAAACUUCAACUUCACUUUGGAUUUCAUGCUGCUGGAUACUUAUCAUAUUAAAUCAAUCACUGCAUUAAAAGUGAAAC